CAGCUGUUCAUGUUGCUAAAUAGCACCGCGUUGAAAAAGGAGUUGAUUUUUUUUUAGUUGUAAAACCGUGAAGUAAAUUUCUGCGAUGUCGACGCGCUGGUAUCCAGUUUAUCAACGGGGCAAUCCCCAGUUGCGUAUAUUUCUGCCGAAUUUCUGGAUGAAGCUGAUUCGGCCGGCGGAAGAGCAACCAAAGAAUGUUGCGACAUUCUCCGUUUCGAUGCAGAUGUCCAAAUAUGAUGUAAAGAAUUACUUGGAAAAGAUUUACAAACUGCCAGUGGUGGAUGUGCGUACGCGUAUUGAAAUGGGUAGAACCAAACGAGAUCAAACUCAUGGCUAUGUGACCAAAGAAGAUGAUGUUAAGAUUGCUUAUGUAACAUUGCCACGUACUGAAGAAUUCACUUUUCCCGAUUUAUUUGAGAAGAAAGAAGAACAAAAGAAAGCGGAAGAAAAAUCAAUGGAUGACUCAAAACAAGGCUUCAAACGUUUCCUUGAUCGCAAUAAGAAACGGCCAGGAACACCGGGCUGGUACUCCAUUUAAUUAUAUAAGUAUCAUAUAUCAAUUAUAGUCCAAAUAAAACAUUACAUUUCAUCAAAUAUUAA